AUGAAGAGUUUCGCCGUUUUUGCUACAGUUGCAGCUGUGCUGUCCCGCCCUGCAACCACGCACUACAUCUUCAGCAAGCUCGUCGUGGAUGGCCAAGAAUCCGAGGACUGGCAGUACAUUCGCGAGACUACUCGAAACAAAUGCUACAUGCCCACCAAGUGGAGCAACACAUUUGACAAUCUGACACCCAGUGGUAGUGACUUCCACUGUAACUUAGGCUCGUUCAGCAAUGCGGCCAAGACUGAAGUCGCGGAGGUCGCUGCUGGUGAUACGAUUGCCAUGAAGCUUUUUUAUGAUGGCAGUAUUGCGCAUCCUGGGCCUGGCCAAGUUUAUAUGUCCAAAGCCCCAUCCGGCAACGUCAAGGAGUACCAAGGCGAUGGCGAAUGGUUCAAGAUCUGGGAAAAGACCCUCUGCAGCAAAAGUGGCGAUCUAACCACCGACGCCUGGUGCACGUGGGGCAUGUCGCAGUUCGAGUUCCAGAUCCCAGACGCUACCCCGGCUGGUGAAUACCUCGUUCGUGCAGAGCACGUUGGUCUUCACGGUGCGCAAAGCAACGAGGCCGAGUUCUUCUACAGCUGCGCCCAAGUCAAAGUCACCGGGCCCGGCAACGGCUCUCCGAGUAAGACCUACCACAUCCCGGGUAUCUACAAUGAUAAUAUGAAACUCUUCAAUGGCCUGAACCUUUGGGUGGACUCUGCCGAUGAAGUUGAGGCGGAUAUUAACAAGACCCCGAUCGGCGACAGCGUCUGGGGUAGUACUAGCUCUUAG